AUGGCGGUGGUGGUGGAGGAGGAGGCGGGGGUUGGGGAACAUUUGCAGCAACAGCAGCCGAAGUGCUACAAAAGAAACACGUUACUACGGGGCUUUAACAGCGGCAUGCAACGCAGUGCAGCAGCAGCAGCGGCAAAAACUAUGGCACACACACACGAGGAGAAGGGACUCGAAGACGACUCACCUGGUUUGUUCGACCAUUUAAUAUCCGGCGUCCAGGUGGAGGUCAGCAAGAACGAAGAAGAGAAGCAGAGCAGCACCCGCGCCGUCUAA